AUGAAAUUCUCGGUGCUCCUUUGCCUCCCAUGGCUGGGCGCCGGCGAGGCGCGCCCGGGCACCGGCGUCUUCGAGCCCUGGCUGCAUGACCUGUGGGCCCAGCCCACCGCACAGGCACUCGAUGUCCGCGUGGCCAAGGGCCUGGGCUCCAAGGGCUACCAGAAAGUGUGGAUCUCGGUGGUGGCUCCCCAGCAGAUGGAGGUGAAGGAUUUCAACUUCACCUACCAGCAGUGCCCCAGUCAGAGGGAUGAGGGAUGAGCAUGCGUGAGCGAGAACAGAGGGCGGAGAACCAGUUGGGAGCGAGAAACACGCAGCGGAUUGCUGGUCGUUGGUUCUUGGCGGUUGGGUUUGGGGGUUGCUGGAAGUUGGCGCGAUGUUCCGCUCCUGAUUCAUGCGGCGUGAUGUUCCUCACAGGGAUGGGGCUUCUCUUGAAGCAUUGGGGUGUAGGGAUGUGAUGCGGCAGAUCCGUCACAUGAUUCCUACAUGG